UGACCUAGCCCACGUGGCUCCUAUUCCUUUGGCAUUUAUAAGUUAAUUGGAUUAGGUUACUUGUGUCAUGUUUUGUUUAUUAUACGAUGACCGAUACUAAAAAAUACUCCUACAAAUAUUGCAUUGUCCCCAUGUGUCAAAGCACCACAGUUAAAACUCCUAAUAAUGCUUUUUUUCGUGUACCAAGUGACAUGAAUAUAAGGAAAAAGUGGUGCAAAUUGAUGAGGCGUGACUUGAUUGGUCCCAAAAGCACGAAAUAUGUUUGUGGAGAUCAUUUUGAUCUUAAAAAUGACACAGAUAAUUUGAUUAAAUACAAACUAGUUGGUGGAACAUUAAAGCUAAAACCUGGAGUAUUUCCACAUAAGUUUGACUGCCAGAAAGGUGUGAAGCCUGCAAAAGAACGUGGACCAUGCGAAAAAAGGCUUCGAGAAGAUUAUUUUCAAUAUUCUUCAGAAAACGACGUUCCAUCGAUCUCGAAUUGUCAACCUUUCGAAGUUAUUCAGUUUGAUUCAAUACACGAAAAGUCAGGAGUCCUAGAAGACGUGCUAUCUGAGGACUGUAGUGUGAAUGUGCCAGAUAAUCAUAAACAAAAAUUCAAAGACAAACAAGUACAAGUUGACAUAAAAGUAAAACAAAAGAAGAAAAAGGUGCAAACAAUUUUAAAGCGAGACAAAAGGAAUGUCGCACAAAAUAAGGGUACCAUGACCAUUCACUCAUCAGUUCUUUAAAAAAAACAUUAAUUUUACCGAAUACUUAGCUCUAGUUCAGUUAGUAAAAUAUUGACCUACAAUCUUCUAUGUUGUAAAUGUAUAAAAAUAUGUAUGACAAUGAAAAUUUCUAUGAAAA